ACUUCGCGUCCCUGGUUACAAAUUCCAAGAUGGCGGAUACUUCGAAUCGUGGAAACGCAAACAGACCUUCCUCAUCGAGUGGCCGGAGGUCAGCGGGAGGUGCAGGGGUCACCAUGGGGUCGCGACCCGGGUCCAAAGGGGUCCCGAGGGACCUCAUGAGCCGAGAAGAGGAGUACAUGCGUCUCAAUGCAGAGCUAGAGGCCAAGACUGCAGGGCUCAUACAAGAGGCAGAGAGCGUGAUGCGUGAGCAGGAGGAGAUGCUGAGUAGGUCCCUGAACCGUCUUUCCCUUGGCAAUGCAGUGGACCAGCGUGGGGCAGCUCCGUCCCCUACCUUUGACACCGAGCCACCCCUCGUCUCUGAUGACAUCUCCAAGCCAUCUUCCAUUCCCUCUACAAACCUUGCGUCAGACAGGAGACCGCCCUCUAGAGGGAGACCCCCGUCAGCCAACCUCCGUCCCUCAUCCUCUAGCGCGAGACCACCGUCAGCUGGAACCAGGCAGCAACCAUUGACAGCACGGGCCGUGACAGCAGGCAGUAGGCUGGCACCAAAAGCAAAAACACGGUCAAAGGCCAGAACCACUUCAGCUGGUGCUUUUGACGAUGUUGCCGUCCUUGAUGCCGGGAUGGGACUCGAAGGGGCAGGGCCGACAGUGGGUGUGGCCAAUGACUUCUCAUUAGCCGACACCAUUCAAGCCAUAGAGGGCAGGCUUGAUGAUGGGACACUACCUGCAGACACGUUGGACGAUGUCCUGCCGCAGGCUGCCGAAGGAAUGGGGUCAGAGGCCACCAUUCGUUUCCUGAAGGCCAAACUGAGAGUCAUGCAAGAAGAAGUGGACAGACUGUCCAGUGAGUGCAACAAAAAGGAUGAGCAGAACUCCAAGCUGGAGAGCCGACUCAAGGAGGCAGAGGAUGAACGAGCCCGCCUCCAGCGCACCAACACCACCCAGCAGACACAGCUCGACAAGUACAAGAAGCUGUCAGAGGAGACCAAGAGAAAGAACGAGGGGCUGGAAGGGCAGCUAGCCAGCCUCAGGAAAGAAGUGGAUUCCCUUAAGCGUAACCAGAAGCAGUCAGCCGCCAGCCAGGGUGCGGUGGAAGUACGGCUGAACCGAGCCCAAGAGGAAGCGGACAGGUACAAGGCGGAGCUGCAGAGAGCCAGGACCUCUUCAAGGGAGUCCUCCGAGCAAGAGAGGAAGAGAGUUGAGCAGUUACUUGCCGAGAACAGACGACUGGAUAAGCAGAAGAACGAGCUGAUGAACGGCUUCAAGAAACAGCUCAAGCUCAUCGAUGUCCUCAAAAGGCAGAAGAUGCAUAUUGAAGCAGCCAAGAUGUUGUCAUUCACAGAGGAAGAGUUUGUCAAGGCCCUUGAGUGGGGGAAUUGAAAUAACCUUGACAUGUCAGAAACUGUUCCUGCUGGAUUCCAUCAUCAUGGAACCUCCUGUUAUUCAAAUAGCGCCAUGUGCAUGCUUCCAACUCCCACCAUGAAAAGACAAACUUCACUUGGCCAAAUGUUCAUGAAGCCUGAGGAUUCUUGAUCGACUUUCCAAGCUUUUAUCAUCAGUCAUUCAGCCUGUUUGUCAGAUGGUGUCAGGCUCUAGUUCUACCCCUUGGAUUAAUGCAAACCUGAUGUACCAUCUGGUCCCACCAGGUCAUCUGCUGUAGGAAAUUAGUCACUUGUAAUAAAAUUGACUUGUUGGCAUACGAACAUAAAUAAAAAAGAGUAAAAUGUGAGGGAAGCACCAAUAACCACAUUUUCGUCAGUGUCCUUCUAACUGUCAAAAUAAAACAAAUUUAUAGAGAUUCUAAUUUGGAGUUUCCUCUUGCCGCAUAGUUUGUUACCAAACGGCAGUUUUGAGUUCGGCAUUUAUGACAUUAGAUUUUUUUUUUGCAGACUGGGUCAAAGUUAUGAAGCAGGACCACAGAGCCAAAACUCUAAGUAUGAGCACGUGCAUACUUUGGCUAAGUUGCCAUAACCGAAGAUUGGAUUGCGUCGUGUUGCAGCACAAGAUGGAGAACUUCACCGUGAAUACGCGUAAAAUGUUAUUCUCGCCAGGAUGCCAUUUGAGCAAGCGAUACGCUUGCGCAGUGCACGUUAAUGCACAGGGCAAGCCCCGUGCCAGGCGCUCACACCUGGCAUGCAUGUGCGCACCUGUGCCUGUGCGUUAACAUCCACUGCCCAGGCGUAUCGCUUGCUCAAAUGGCGCCCAUGGUGAUGACACCUUCUUGGCAGAGUUCCCCAUCUUGCGCCACCAUGCUGUGCUGUAAUAUCUGUGGUCAUAACCUACCGUGCAAAUGCUGUGUCACCUUUAAUGCAGAUGCUCAAACCAGAAGAAUGGGUUAGUGCAACUUGUGCUUUGCAUUGGAAGCUCCUUUCUGUCAGAGAAAACUUUGAAACUUCAUAAAACAGCAAAAGUUUCAGUUACCAACUUGGAAUGCCUCGUUGUCUUCAACUAGGGACAGCAUGGAAGCUUACCUCAUGCUCUUGCCCUGUUGUAUUGAAAAACAGAUAACUUUAAAAAAAAGUUUUCCUGUUUAUUCAUUUUACCAAUUUCUGUCGUAAACAGGUGAUUAAAACUGACAUGUUGUUUCUCAAACCUUGUGAACUGAAAGCGAAUUCCAAUAUCUUGCGAUGCUUGUGACAGGAACAAUUUUGAUGGCUUUCUCAUCUUCCAUGACCCGCUCAGAAAUGCAUCAGUAAUUGCAGUUUCCCCAUCUUGUUUCAAAUACUUGUGCCAAGGUGUUGGAGCAUUCAGGCACUCAUGUCUGGCCAAAAAAGUAGGGACAGAAGUACAAAAAAAACCUCUGUGAGCAAAGAGCAACAGCAUUUUUUGUAACUGUUUUUGUUACACUUAUGUAAGGUGUUUGUUUCAAGAGACUCAAUUACAUGGAAAUUGACCUAGUUUAAAAGUGGUUUUUUUUUUUCUUGGCCCAUUGCAUCACCUGUAGUCAUCCAUCACAUUUAACAUGUUGAACACAAAAAGUUGCAGGCCCUGAUAUUUUCCUCCUUGUGGCAUCCGUCUUGAAGAUUCUGCUAAUAUGAAACAUCGAUCCCUUGAUCUGUAGCAAAUUUUUAAGUGAUUUCAGUUCACUGCAGGUGGUUGAAAAAUUUCCCACAGUUUUUAUUUUAAAUUUUGUUUAUGUUGUCAUUCCAUUGUAUGGAGAGCAUUUUUGGACAGCAUACAAAGUAAUUGUCUUAAAGAAUAAUGUAAACAAGCUUGUAUGUAAAUGUGUGUUUGAUAAAUGAAAUUGUUGUUGGACGUGUAAAUUACCUUGCAUGCCGUUUGAAUAAAUAUUUGCUAACAACAUCUUUAA